AGUAAGAGGCCACGCCUCCAGCUGACCCCGCAAACCCUAGGGGAGACGAGUGUUCAGGGUUUUUAAAAGUACCUAUAAUAUAUAUAAAUAUAUAUAAAAGCCGGAUUUCAGUUAAGUUCUCGCGCGGAGUUAAACACGUUAUUAGAGUUUUUCUUAGGCAGAAUCGGGAUUUUUGUAUUUUCUGAGGACUUUUCUAUUCUUUCUUGGGUGGCGUGUGGGAAGGAUGGAUGAUAUGCGGCCUAGCGGCGGAGCGACUGGCCACCUCGGGCUCGCCUCGCUCUUUCCGCCGGGUCUCCAGGCCAUUUACACGGAGUGCCGGCGCCUGUAUCCCGAUCAGCCAAACCCGCUCCAAGUCACUGCCAUUGUUAAGUACUGGUUAGGGGGGCCAGAUCCUCUUGACUACAUUAGCAUGUACAGGAACGUGGGAUGUCCUGCCCUAGAUGUACAGGAACACUGGCACUAUGUGAGUUUUGGCCUCAGCGAUCUGUACGGGGACAACAGAGUUCAUGAAUUCACUGGUUUGGAAGGACCAAGCGGGUUUGGAUUUGAGCUCACGUUCCGGCUGAAGAGGGAACCCGGAGAGACCGCUCCCCCGACCUGGCCAGCUGAGCUUAUGCAAGGUUUGGCUCGGUACGUCUUUCAAUCAGAAAACACAUUUUGCAGUGGUGACCACAUUUCAUGGCACAGCCCCCUGGACAACAGUGAGUCCCGAAUCCAGCACAUGCUGCUCACAGAGGACCCCCAGAUGCAACCUGUACAAACCCACUUUGGACUGGUCAGCUUCCUUCAAAUCGUGGGGGUGUGCACAGAAGAGCUCCAAGCUGCACAGCAAUGGAAUGGUCAGGGCAUUUUGGACCUGCUGCGUGGAGUGCGUGUUGCAGGAGGCCCGUGGUUAAUCACUGACAUGAGGAGAGGGGAGACUAUAUUUGAAAUCGACCCUCAUUUACAACAGGAGAGGGUGGAUAAAGGCAUCGAAACGGAUGGCUCUAACCUAAGCGGUGUCAGUGCCAAGUGUGCAUGGGAUGACCUGAGCCGCCCUCCUGAGGACGAGGACGACAGCCGCAGCAUCUGCAUUGGAUCACAGCCACGCAGGCUGUCCGAGAAAGACACUGAACAGAUCAGGGAAGCCCUGAGGAAAGGACUGGAGAUCAACAGCAAGGCAGUCUUACCCCCCAUUAACAGCCAGAGACACCAAGACCGGUCACUACAAUCAGUCGGACAUUUGCAGAGCAAGCAGAAUUCAAGAAGCCGUAAGGACAGUCUGGAAAGUGAGAGCUCAUCCGCUAUUGUUCCUCAUGAGCUGGUCAGGACACGACAGCUGGAGAGUGUGCACCUCAAGUUCAAUCAGGAGUCUGGAACUCUGCUCCCGCUGUGCCUUAGAGGUCGCCUUCUUCAUGGAAGGCACUUCACAUAUAAAAGUAUCAAUGGUGACACAGCUAUCACUUUUGUAUCCACUGGAGUGGAGGGUGCCUUCGCAACAGAAGAGCACCCCUACGCUGCUCAUGGGCCUUGGCUGCAGAUCCUUCUCACUGAAGAGUUUGUGGAGCAUAUGCUAAGCGACCUUCGGGACCUGAGUAUUUGUGAAGAGUCCAAGCUACCAAAGGAAUACAGCUGGCCUGAUAAGAAGCUGAAGAUUUCUAUCCUGCCAGAUCGAGUGUUUGACAGCCCGCUACAAUAAGACUGAGGAAGCCUUGUCUCCUCCCGCGUCUCUGGAGAAGUGCUGAGCCGCAGGGGCUCCACAGAGACUUACGCAUAUACACAGUUGGAGGAAAUGGACACGUAGACACUUGACUCCCUCUCAGACAACUGUUGGCACAAAACACCGAAUAUGCCGUUUCUCACCCAGCAUUAACUCCAUCAUAGCAUUUCUCCUGUUCAGUCGAAUGCAUUUAGUCACUCAUACUGUUCAAUUUUAAAAGUGCCUGUAUUUACAAUGUUUUUACUAUUUUUUUGAAUACUCUGAGAUGGAUUUACUGUAAAAAAGGGCUGUAGCAGGUUUGUUGUGUGCAUUAACCCAGACUGAUAAAUGCAUCAAGUUGCAGAACGACUUGCUGUAAUCAACAACAAAAAAGAAUAUUAUUUAAUGGAGAACAAACAGGGAACAGAUAAUACAGAUUGUUUAUCUUUAUUUUUUUAAUGCGCUCCACAAAUGAUCAUUUUGCAAAAGAGUUUGGCUGAAACCAUGUUUAUAAAUUUUAACGGUUGGGCAUAGCAACUUUCUAAUUCUGCCAAAUAUUCCCCAAUGUUUUCUGUGCCACAGUGAAGUACUGAUACAAAAUCUGCUCAACAUUUGCUUUGCAAAUUAAAGAAUUUUCUGAAAUGUUCACUUUGUGUGCACAAAGAUUGAUUAUGCCAAAGGUGUAUUUCUUAAAAAAUAAAAUCAUUUCUAGUGCUAUAAAUAUAUACUGCCAAUCGAAACAUGAUACAUUUUUAUCUUGUCAAUUUUUAGUACUUUUCUCCAUUGUUUAGAAAUGUACACAUUUAUCAUUAAGUCUUGCUAAGAAAUGUUUACCGGCUCGAGUAAACUUUUUUCCCAGUAGAACUAUAUCUCAUGAAGUCAAGCUGUAAUUAAUCUACCUUUUUUUUUUAAUCAUGAUUUAUUGAAGUGUUUAAAUUGCACUCAAAUUAAAUAUACUAGUGCCUGUUAAAAACUGUGAUUAACACUACCUUCAUUCAAGUUGAUCUAUACCAAAGCCAGUAUUUAAUUAGCAUUCUCAUGUAUUGGAUGUAGGGGAUCAAAAGUCCAUUUUUAUUCUGAUUCCUCUGAUUUCUUUAACCAUUUAAAGUGCAAUGGUUAACGUUUCCACCUGUUGUUCCUGUUACGUUCCAUGUUUUAUAGAUGCAAGUGAAAAGGUGUUUGUGGUACAGUACAUUGGUCCUUUUUGGUAAUGCCUGGAAUGCAUCCUAAACCAUGAGCUGUCUGUAUUUUAUUUUACUUUUUGUGGUGUUUUUUUGGUUUGUUUGUUUGUUUUUAAAUGAUGUGCUUUUGUAGUGUAUUGUUCUUUUUUUAAUAUUCUUUCUCAUCACUAAACUGCCUGUUUUUUAUCACUAUAGUGCAUUAAAGUUUAUUUACAUUUA